CCGCACGAGCCGCACAUUCGUGCAAAGUUCCGUGCGGGGGGUGCCUGUGCGGAAUCGUGCAGGGUUUUUUUUUUUUUUGGGAGGGGGAACGGGGGGGGCGUAUGACCGGAAGUUGGGGAUAAGAGGGGGAUAUGGAGAGGAGCAGGAUAUGGACGACGAGGACGACGAGGAUAGCGAGGGCGAGGAGGAGGAGGAGUCGAGAUGGGGGAGGAGAAGAGAUGGACGGAGGGAAAAGAGGAAGGGCAGAAGGAGGAGGACGAGCGGGAGGAGGAGGAGACAUGGACGGCAAGGAAGGGGAGGACGCGAGGAAGCGAAGGAGACGAGGAAGCAUGGAAGAUGAGGAAGUACGAGGAGGAGGAGGAGACGAGGAUGAGGAAGGGCAUGAGGAGGAGGACGAACAGGAGGAGGAGGAGGACGAGGAGGAGGAGGAGACGAGGAUGAGGAAGGGCAUGAGGAGGAGGACGAACAGGAGGACGAGGAGGAGGAGGAGAUGAAAAGGAGAAGGGAGGAGGAGACAUGGAGGAUGACAAAGGGCAGGAGGAUCAAGGUGAGGCAGUACUCCUGUAAUUUUUUUUUUCAUCUCGCUUAUGAUUUUGGCGGGGGGCCUCAAACGCACCAUUUCGCCCCCGGCCUUUUUUUUUUUUUCUGAGGGGGGUGACGGGUCGUUCCCCGCACACGUCGAGCGCCGCACAGGAUCGGUUGGGCGCGUGCGCCACACAUUGGGAACCGCCCGCACGAUGUGCGCUUGCAAGUAUGGUUCAGAUGCCAAUGAAGUGUACACAGGUUU